UUCGAAGUCAUCGAUUGUCUUGUUUUUCACCGAUGUUGUUUUGACAAUGAGCGUAACAAGUCUAGGAGUGUAUGCUGGACAGCGCAGGAUGAGGCGCUUCUUUCGGAUACUGACACUAGUACAAGAGGUAAAUGCGAAAACGGAAUAUGAUGGACAUUUCGAGCCCAGACCUUGGAAAGUUAGGGUUGGCUUGCUGGGCGCUAUUUUUAAUGGCUAUGCACUGUUGCUGUUUAACUCGGUUAUAUUCAUUGUAAGAAAUUGUGGGAAAAAAUCAAUGGCAUUAAUUCGUAUGUACGCCUAUUACUUUGAAACCACUUUAGUGAUAUUUUUAAUAACGCAGGAUGCUAUUCUGUUUAUCACUGUAUAUUCAGCGACGAAAGCCAUCAAUUAUAACAUAGGCCGACAAUUGAAAAAGAAGCAACAAUCGAAUCUGAUCAACAAGGAAUUAGAGAUAGUCAAGUAUUUCUUAUCGAUUUGUAAUAUACUGGAUCUUGUAAAUCAAUCUGAAGGCAUUUUAUUAUUCCUGCUGAUCUGUGGACUGGUCUUGUACAUUUUCGUGACAGUGUACUAUUUACUAUUAAAUUUGCUGUUCUCAGAUAUUUCACUUGAAUCAGUUUUACAAGUGAUCAGUCAGGCAUUAUGGCUGAUAUGGCACAGUUCUAAACUGAUAGUGAUGAUUGAACCUUGUCAUCAGUUGCAUGAAGAGAUGAAAAACACUAAAUAUCUGCUGAGUCGACUGCUUUGCCGCAGCAGAAGAGAAAGAGUAGAGCAGCAGUCUUUCCUGAGUCCUGUACGAAGGGAACUUUCCAGCAAUACUCUCUCGUUAGAAAUACCUUCCUUUACUCCCAUUGGAAUAGUCACGUUUGGCAGACCUUUAUUGGCUACGGUGUGUAACAUUAAUUUUUUUAAAUCAAAAACAAACAUGAUCAAGAAUUUCUCUGCACCUAUUUCUCAUCGCUGAGAGUCGUGCCUGCUUUACAAUUUUGAUUAUUCAUUAUUCAAUAUUCAAUAUCAUAUUAUAUACAUUGUUCAAUAAUCACAUAGUGGUUGGUCUUUUCUCAGGAUAGUAGAUAGUGGGUUCCCAUAUAUCCUUCCGCAUACAGAGGACGAGAUUUUAAAAGGUUUAACAGUUAUUAUUAUCAACUGUCAGUGAUAAUAACAGAGACCGACAGCUACAUGUUCUCCGAGGCGAAGUUGAAAGGUUGGACCUGCACCGUCGGUUGCAAAUCCAGUU